AUAUAUAAUAUCCUGUAGUGCAUGUCAUGUAGAAAUCAAAUCUGCAAAUGAAGAUUUUUGCUCCCUAAUUCAGUUUAUGCCAAAGUAUUUGCUCACCUACAAAGCUUUUAAACUGCUAUGUCUGAAAUGUCACGCAUAGUAAAAUCAGGUAUGUUUAAUAGGAGAGUAAAAAGGAUAAAUUUUGAUCUUAUUAUUUUUGUCUCCGCUUCUCCUCAGGUUGUUUGCCACCAAAUGCAGCGGCUGUCUGGAGAAGAUCGCUCCCACAGAGUUUGUGAUGCGUGCGCUGGAGAGUGUGUACCAUCUGGGCUGCUUCUGCUGCUGUGUGUGUGAGCGGCAGCUGUGUAAAGGAGAUGAGUUUGUGUUGAAGGAGGGACAACUGCUGUGCAAGAACGACUACGAGAGAGAGAAAGACUUAUUGCAUUCUGUCAGUCCAGAGAUGUCUGACUCAGAUAAAAGUGAGGAUGAAGACCUGGAUGUGAAGCCAGAUAAAGGAGCAGGAGGUCAAGGCAAAUGCAGUGAUGACAGUAAAGACCCCCGCAGACCCAAAAGACCUCGCACUAUUCUCACCACCCAGCAACGACGAGCAUUCAAAGCUUCCUUUGAAGUCUCCUCUAAACCCUGCCGAAAGGUCAGGGAGACACUGGCUGCUGAUACCGGUCUCACUGUUAGAGUCGUCCAAGUUUGGUUUCAGAAUCAACGAGCUAAGAUGAAGAAGUUGGCACGUCGACAGCAGCAACAACAAGAUCAGCAAAACACACAGAGACUCGGACAAGAUAUGAUCUCCAGCCGAAUGGAGAAUCUGAUGAACUCCUACACGCCGUUGGCUCCGCCUCCACACCAUCAGUUGAUCUCCAUGGAUACAAACAGUUACAGCACAGACCCGUUUCAGCAGGGCCUCACUCCUCCACAGAUGCCCGGAGAUCACAUGAAUCCAUACGGAAAUGACUCGAUUUUCCACGACAUUGACAGCGACACGUCUCUGACCAGCUUGAGCGACUGCUUCUUGGCGGCUGCGGAAGCCGGCUCCCUUCAGUCUCGCAUCGGAAACCCCAUCGACCGCCUGUACUCCAUGCAGAGCUCAUACUUUGCCUCUUGAAACCGAGACUACACACCCACGAAAACUUCUGAGCGUCCAAGCCCAGGCCUGCAACACCAGUGUCCUGCACACCAACCAACACACCUCCGCUACAAGUCCAACUAGAGACUCAAAGGACAAAAAUACAAAACUACUUGUGCUAAAAACGUACCCAGAACUUGGAUUUGCGCUGUAGGGGGUCUUGAGUCUCAAAGCUGUGCUAGACAAAUGUAUGUGCCACUAUGAACAUGUUUUCAAAAAAAGUGGAUAUAGACAUUUAAAAAUUUUUUUUUUUAGUAUAGGCAAAGUUUAAUGACAGCAGAACCAGACAAUAUUAGACAUUAAAUAGUCCAAAAGCCUCAAAAUAUAAAAAAUAAAUAAAAAUAAAAAUAAAAAAAAAGUUCAUUCCUUGGUGAACAUUUUGUGCUGUGUGCAAACACUACAUGUUUUUUCUAACUACAGAUGACAAAAAUAUCCAAUCAAAGGACAAAAUGGACAUGAAUGUGGAACUUUUUUCAAAUGCUUUGGGGGGGAAAUACAGUUGAUGUCAAGCCGAAACAGCUGUGUGUUUCUAAAGUCGGCUAGCUAUUUAUUACGUACAUUUGCCAAGUAAACCUACAAAGCUUUAUUUAAAACAAAUUGUGUUAUAGUGAGUAUAAUAAGCAUCUUUAUGUGCGUCCCUGUAAAAAGAGAGUGUAGUAUUAUUACUGUAGAUGUUUAAAAAGCUGUGUAUGUUUAUUUCGCUGUGCUAUUUAUUUGUCAUGUGCAUUCUUGGACAUUGUAGAGGAUGCAGUUUUAUGGUCAAAUUUGCUAAAAUUACCAAAGUUUGUUGGAACUGAAAAUA